CAUAGGCUGAUAGACCCUUUGACAUUCGUGUAUGCUCAUCUGGAUCGACCUUCCCAAACCCAACCCAUCUUGGAAACGUGUAAAAUAUACGGAGAAGCAAUUUAGCUUUCUUGAAUAUCACACCUCGCCUCCCCUUUUCUCUUGCUUUCCCUCUCCUCUAGUUAACCUUUUUCUGUACCCCGCUUUCUUUCUCUUCUGAUUCUGAUUUUCUCGGGAAAAUCCAGUCUCUUCUGCAUCGAUCUGGGCUCUUCUGCGAUUCUCAUUAGACGGGAUCGAUCAUGGGUGAAUCUUCUGCUUCAUACAUCCGUAUGGUUCACCACCUUAUAGAAGAGUGCAUCAUCUUCAACAUGAGCAGGGAAGAGUGCAUGGAGGCUCUCUCGAAGCAUGCAAAGAUUGAGCCUCUCAUCACCUCCACAGUGUGGAAGGAGCUGGAGAAGGAAAACAAGGAGUUCUUCGAGGCCUAUGCCAAAAGCAGGGAGGAGAGGGGCUCCGCCGGAAGAGGCGACAAAGAUGACGCCAACAACCGCCUCCGUCACUAGAUCAAAUCCAAACAGCGGCGUUUUCGUUGCCCUUGCUAGCUAGCUAGGGCGACUAGAAUUAGUACUUGAUCGUGUAACAGCAGAAAAAAGAAAUAUAAAAUAAAUUUUGAAGAAUAGGACUGAGCCGCCGGCUGCCGGGUGACAGAAUCAGACACGUAGCGGAGCCCGCGGCGAGACUCUCCGGCGGCGCAGGGAGGUGCUGUGUAUUGUAUGUAUAUAUAUGUGUGUACAUGUACAUAAUUUGAGAUCCUGCUUAUAGUUGGUGUUGUUUUGUGUUUCUGGAGCCUUGCAUGAUUCAUAUGGCCGGAACGGCGAAGUGAUGAGGGCCCAAUUGUGAGA